AUGGCGGGCGAUUUGGGCGACCGCGAGGAGUGCGUGUUUCUGGCCAAGCUCGCCGAGCAGGCCGAGCGCUACGACGAGAUGGUGGAGGAGGUGCGCAAGAUCGCCAAGAUGGUGCACGCCCAGGAGCUGAGCGUGGAGGAGCGCAACCUGCUCAGCGUGGCAUACAAGAACGUGAUCGGGUCGCGGCGGGCGAGCUGGCGGAUCGUGUCGAGCAUCGAGCAGAAGGAGGAGAACAAGGGGAACACGGAGCACGUGGAGAGGAUCAAGAAGUACCGUCGUCAGGUGGAGCAGGAGCUGCAGGACAUCUGCAACAACAUUCUCGGGCUGCUGGACGAGCACCUCAUCCCCACCGCCUCCUCCGGCGAGUCCAAGGUCUUCUACCUGAAAAUGAAGGGCGACUACCACCGCUACCUGGCGGAGUUCAAGGCUGGCGGCGACAAGAAGGACUCCGCCGACAACACGCUGGCCGCCUACAAAGAGGCGCAGGACAUUGCACUGGUUGAUCUGGCGCCCACGCACCCGAUUCGCCUUGGCCUGGCCCUCAACUUCUCUGUCUUCUAUUAUGAGAUUUUGAAUUCUCCCGAGCGGGCCUGCCAUCUGGCAAAGCAGGCUUUCGAUGAGGCCAUUGCUGAGCUGGACACCCUUGGAGAGGAGUCCUACAAGGACAGCACACUGAUCAUGCAGUUGCUGCGGGACAACCUGACCCUGUGGACCUCCGACAUGCAGGACCAGGAGGAGCCUGGCAAGGGCGACAAGCAAGAAGACGACGGAGCUGGAGCGGUCUAG